AUGUUGCGCAACUUUGUUUCCACACUAUGGGCUCUUGUCCUGAUGGUGUCCGUUGCCCAGGCCCAGUUCAACUUCUUCGACCACAUGUUCAACGGGAACCAACAACAGCAGCAACACCACCAAGGCUCUCAGAACGUGCCCAGUGAUAGUGGUCGGUACCAGAAUCAAUGGCGUCAGUCGCAAUGCAGCAACUAUCUUUGCCCCGGAACCCUCGCAUGCGUCAGCUUCCCGCACCACUGCCCAUGCGCGCACCCCGAUGUCGAGGAAAAGGUCGAGCUGGGAGAAGGUAGCGCUAUUUGUGUGUCAAAGGGAGGAUUCAAGGCCGGCGAGGCGGCCCGAAAGAUUGAACUGGCCCGGAAAGGUCUUCUGUGA